ACACCCCGCACCCGCCGCCCAGCCCCCGCCGCCCCUCGGCCGCUCCGCCCGCUGCUGCCCGCAGUACCCCGCGGCGGGGGCGGCCGCCGAGAACACCUCCCGCCGGCGCCGCCCCCUUAGCUGCCCGAAGCCCGCCUGCGCCGCCACGCGCGGCCGGAGCUCACCUGGGCCGGGGCGCAGGCCGCUCCCUGCGCCGAGCCCCGCGCGCGUGUCCCGCUCGCGCUUCCCGCGGCGGCGGAAGUUUCGGGAGUCGCGUUUAACUCGGGACCUCGGCGGAGAGGACCCCCCCCUGGGUUUUUUUCGUUCCAAGAUGGCAGCCUCCAGCCGCGCACAGGUGCUGGAUUUGUACCGGGCGAUGCUGAGGGAGAGCAAGCACUUCUCCGCCUACAACUACAGAAGUUACGCCAUCAGGAGGAUAAGAGAUGCCUUCAGAGAAAAUAAGAAUGUAAAGGAUCCUGUACAAAUCCAAGCCCUAAUGAAUAAAGCCAAAAGAGACCUUGGAAUAAUCCGUCGACAGGAAGUGAUACUUGAGACCCAAGAAGUGGUUUCCUGUUCUGCAGCAACUUUCCAUACAGGCUUAGCCUUCAUAGGUACACAUUGGCCAAAUGUAUUCGACUGACAAGCUCAUCAUUGAGAAUCAAGAGAAGCCCAGGACCUAGGGAGCCGGGACCAGCCACCACCAGCAGCCGUGGACCACUUUCAGCAUCCAUCCUGCUUGGCAAGGGCACUCCCAGCAGACCACAAGUGGCCUCCCACAUCAGCUUUAAACAGCUUCUCACUCUGCCUGAUGAACUAAGCAAGGUUCCCGUUCUCCUGCAGCCUUAGCGACAAGGGGUGGCUGUCUCUCCCUGGUUCAAGUGUUAGAAUGAAGAGCUGGAGCUCCUCAGGAGAAUGCCGUGUAUUACUGCGUCUCCUCCAGCCCAGCCCUCCUGGUAGCUCCUCAGCACUUGUAUACAGCAUUCCCAGAGUUUGUUUCUUGGUCCUUGACAAUAAAAAGAAGGUCCCUAGGCCUCUAUACCGGACGCGCC